AUGACUUCUCUGGGCUCCUAGCUCCACAGAGCAACAUUCCUGACAGCUGUGCUGCUACUGCUGCAAGUAAAAGGGGUGAAGACUCUGAAGGGCAAUGCGAGCCUGGAUGGUGACAAGAGUCCAAAAGAAAAAAUGUCUUCUAAAGACCAGGGUGAGCAGCAGUAUGAAGAACACUUUGUGGCUUCAUCGGUGGGUGAGCUGUGGCAGGUGGUAGAUAUGGUCCAGCAAGAAGACACAAACUCCCAAGCAUCAGCUAUCCGGCACCACCUCUUUGAUCUAGCCUUCUGCUUCAACCUGGCCAGCAUCGUGUUUUUUUUAUGA